AUUCCGCGGCCGCCGCCAGCCGAGGGGAGCGUCGCAGGCCGAGGAACAGAUGCCGCGGGGGCAGCUCGUAGCCGCCGCUGACUUGUGAAUGGGACGGGGACUGGGCCGGGCGCUGACACCGCUGAGCUCGCCCUGCGCCAGAGACCGACGGCUCGGAGUCGCUCCCACUCGUGAGGGCCCCAGAAAUCACUGUUUUCUUGACUCAGUGGUCCUGUGACUUCCAUUCCUGUUGUUAUUUGUUGAGUGAACAAUCAGAUGGGUGGAGUGUGUUACAGAAAUUGGCAGCAAGUGUCCAAUGGGUGAAGAAGAAGCUGAUUGGGAAAGGAGGCAGCCCUGACGUGAUGUGUUCAUCGAGCAGAGACACUCCCUUUCAAGAGAGGUCUGAGUGACGCAUCUGGGAGGCCACCGUCGUGAAGACCCCUGCACGGUUGGCCAUAGGGGUGACCACCACAUUCUCCUGUGCCUACCACAUAACCAAAAAUGAGGGAGAACUACUGUUUACAAGCCGCUCUGGUGUGCCUGGGCAUGCUGUGCCACAGCCACGCCUUCUCCACGGAGAGGCGGAGCCACCUGCGGCCCUCUUUCCAUGGGCACCACGAGAAGGGCAAGGAGGGGCAGGUCCUGCAGCGCUCCAAGAGAGGCUGGGUCUGGAACCAGUUCUUUGUGAUAGAGGAGUACACUGGUCCUGACCCUGUGCUCGUGGGAAGGCUUCACUCCGAUAUUGACUCUGGUGAUGGGAACAUUAAAUACAUUCUCUCAGGUGAAGGCGCCGGAACCAUUUUUGUGAUUGAUGACAAAUCAGGGAACAUUCAUGCCACCAAGACAUUGGACAGAGAGGAGAGAGCCCAGUACACGCUGAUGGCUCAAGCAGUGGACAGAGACACCAACCGACCACUGGAGCCACCAUCAGAAUUCAUUGUCAAGGUCCAGGACAUUAAUGAUAACCCUCCUGAAUUCCUGCAUGAGACCUAUCAUGCCAACGUGCCAGAGAGGUCCAAUGUGGGGACGUCAGUAAUCCAGGUGACAGCUUCAGAUGCAGAUGACCCCACCUAUGGAAACAGUGCCAAGCUGGUGUACAGCAUCCUCGAGGGACAACCCUACUUCUCAGUGGAAGCGCAGACAGGUAUCAUCAGAACGGCCCUGCCCAACAUGGAUAGGGAAGCCAAGGAGGAGUACCACGUUGUCAUCCAGGCUAAGGACAUGGGUGGACACAUGGGUGGACUCUCAGGGACAACCAAAGUGACGAUCACACUCACCGAUGUCAACGACAACCCACCAAAGUUUCCACAGAGCGUGUACCAGAUGUCUGUGUCAGAAGCUGCUGUCCCCGGGGAGGAAGUAGGAAGAGUGAAGGCUAAAGAUCCAGACAUUGGAGAAAAUGGCUUAGUCACAUACAAUAUUGUGGAUGGAGACGGAAUGGAAUUGUUCGAAAUCACAACGGACUAUGAGACACAGGAGGGCGUGGUGAAACUGAAAAAGCCCGUAGAUUUUGAAACCAAAAGAGCCUACAGCUUGAAGAUAGAAGCUGCAAAUGUGCACAUCGACCCGAAGUUCAUCAGCAACGGGCCCUUCAAGGACACUGUGACGGUCAAGAUUGCAGUUGAGGAUGCUGAUGAGCCCCCCAUGUUCUUGGCCCCAAGUUAUAUCCACGAAGUGCAAGAAAAUGCAGCUGCUGGCACUGUGGUUGGAAGAGUACAUGCCAAAGACCCAGAUGCUGCCAACAGCCCUAUAAGGUAUUCAAUCGAUCGCCACACUGACCUCGACAGGUUUUUCACUAUUAAUCCAGAGGAUGGUUUUAUUAAAACAACGAAACCUCUGGAUAGAGAGGAAACUGCCUGGCUCAACAUCUCUGUCUUUGCAGCAGAAAUUCACAACCGUCAUCAGGAAGCCAAAGUCCCUGUGGCCAUUAGGGUCCUUGAUGUCAACGAUAAUGCCCCCAAGUUUGCAACCCCUUAUGAAAGUUCCAUCUGUGAGAGCGAUCAGACAAAGCCUCUUUCCAACCAGCCGAUUGUUACAAUUAGUGCAGAUGACAAGGAUGACACAGCCAAUGGACCAAGAUUUAUCUUCAGUCUACCCCCCGAAAUCAUUCACAACCCAAAUUUCACAGUCCGAGACAACAGAGAUAACACAGCAGGUGUGUAUGCCCGGCGCGGAGGCUUCAGUCGGCAGAAGCAGGAUUUAUACCUCUUGCCCAUUGUGAUCAGUGAUGGUGGUAUCCCACCCAUGAGCAGCACCAACACCCUCACCAUCAAGGUCUGCGGCUGUGACAUGCACGGGGUGCUGCUCUCCUGCAACGCGGAAGCCUACAUCCUCAAUGCCGGGCUGAGCACAGGCGCGCUGGUGGCCAUCCUGGCCUGCAUCGUCAUCCUCCUGGUCAUCGUUGUUUUGUUUGUGACCCUGAGAAGGCAAAAGAAAGAACCACUUAUUGUCUUUGAGGAAGAAGAUGUCCGUGAGAACAUCAUUACCUAUGAUGACGAAGGGGGUGGGGAGGAAGACACAGAGGCCUUUGACAUUGCCACCCUUCAGAAUCCCGACGGUAUCAAUGGAUUUAUUCCUCGCAAAGACAUCAAACCUGAGUAUCAGUACAUGCCCAGACCUGGGCUCCGGCCAGCCCCCAACAGUGUGGACGUGGACGACUUCAUCCACACGAGAAUACAGGAAGCAGAUAACGACCCUACGGCCCCUCCUUAUGAUUCCAUCCAAAUCUAUGGGUAUGAAGGAAGGGGCUCGGUGGCCGGGUCCCUGAGCUCCUUAGAGUCUGCCACCACAGAUUCAGACUUGAACUAUGACUAUCUACAGAACUGGGGACCUCGUUUUAAGAAACUAGCAGACUUGUAUGGUUCCAAAGACACUUUUGAUGAUGAUUCUUAACAAUAACAACACAAAUUUGGCCUUAAGAACUGUGGCGUUCUGAAGAAUCUAGAAGAUAUGUAAACAGGUAUUUUUUUAAAUCCUGCAAAGGCUCAUUUAAAACAAGCAAUGUUUUACAGAGAGGAUACGUUUAAUACAACUGCAAGGACAUCAAAGUGGUCAAUACUGUGAAGCAUCUUUUCUCGAAAAAAAAGGCAAACAUUGAAGUUCUUUAUCAACUCCACUAGAGAAAAACCACUUGGCAUACAAAAUAUUUAAGUGAAGGAGAAGUCUGAAGCUGAACUUACAAUGAAGGGGAAAUCUUUUAUGUGUUAUGAACAUCUAAGUCUUUCUUUCUUCUUUUUUUUUUUUUUUUAAUUUGUCAAAGAAGCUUCCACAAAAUUAGAAAGGACAACAGUUCUAAGCUGUAAUUUCGCCUUAAACUAUGGACACUCUAUACGUAGUGCAUUUUUAAACUUGAAAUAUAUACUAUCCAGCCAGCUUAAACCCAUACAAUGUACGUACAAUCCAAUGUACAAUUAUGUCUCUUGAGCAUCCAUCUUGUUACUGCUGAUUCUUGUGAAUCUUUUUGCUUCUACUUUGAUCUUAAACUAAUACGUGCCAGAUAUAACUGUCUUGUUUCUGUGAGAGGCACCCUAUUUCUAUGUCAUUUUUAAUGUAUCUAUUUGUACAAUUUUAAAGUUCUUAUUUUAGUAUACAUACAAAUAUCAGUAUUCUCACAGGUAAGAAAUGUUACGGCAUCACACUUAUAUUUUAUGAACAUUGUACUGUUGCUUUAAUAUGAGCUUCAAUAUAAGAAGCGAACUUUGAAAUAAAAGAAAAGAUUCUUUUUUAA